AUGAAACACACUUAAUUUGACAAUAGUUCUGGAAAAAGCACUAAAAUAGGGUCAGUAGAUGAAGAUGACUCACCAAACCCACAGUCAUCAAAUCAUGGUAGUGCUGGAGUAGACAUUUUAACUUUAGAUUAGGCUUUUGAAAGGCUUGGGGGUUUUAGUUAUUUCUAAUUAUGGGCAUCUUCUUUGUUUAUUUGGGCUUUUACUACUGGAGGGUGUCUUGCAUUCGCCUUUUCAAUGCUGGAGAAGCCUCCGAAAUAUUUAUGUUUUAACAAAGAUGGAACCACAUAUGAAUGUAAAGCAGAUCAAACCUUCUGCAAAGACCCCUCGAUAAAGUAUAAGAUCGAUUGGGAUGAUCCAACUAGUCUUCACAAUUGGGUAGAAUCUCUCGAUCUGACUUGUGAAAGUGCAUCUAGAAUUGGGAUGAUCGGAUCAAUGUUUUUUGUUGGGUACAUGUCAGGCGCCUUUACUCUACCGAGAAUAAGCAUAUGCAUGUCAAGAAAAUUAAAUCUAACAUUAGUACUAAUUUGUGGAUUUGGUUUUGCGUCAUUAGGAAGAGCAGCUAUCGGCUUUCUAUAUAUGCAAGAGAUGACACCGGAUAAGUAUAAGACUUUUAUUGGAUCAUUUGCAUAGAUUUCUAUUGGAAUUACCCCUGCUAUUCUAGCAUUAUAUCAUCUAUAUAUAACUAAAGAUUGGUUACCUUUCCAAGCAUUUAGUGCAUUUACUACUCUCUUAGUGACUAUAUCAAUUAUAGCACUUCCUGAAUCACCAUAAUACUUGAUUAGCAAAAAGAGAUAUGAUGAAGCAAGAAAGUCUUUGGAAACUAUAGCUAGGUGGAACAGAUAUGAUGGGCCUAUAGAUUUCAAGUUUAAAGAUGAAGAUUAAGCACUUCUUUAAAGUGAUGAAGAGACUUAUUUAAAAUAAAACAUACCCUAUCAAGACGCAAAUAAAUAUGAAUCAGCUAAUGAUCAGAAUCAGAAUUAAUAUACCACAUCAGCUGAUUGUGACACUCUAUAAAGUUCAAGAUAAGAUAGAAUAAAAUUGAAAGAACCAAAUUAAAAUAACUCUGGUAGUAUCAAAGAAAUUCUCAAGCAAAAGUAGCAUGCUUGUAAUCUCUUCAUUAUGAUAACAGUCUGGAUUGCAGCAUCGUUUGACUACUAUUAACUAAAUUUCUAGAUGAAGUACAUCAAGGGUGAUUUCUUCACAAAUAUUCUAGUAGCUGCUCUUACUGAAACAAUUGCCUACAUAGUCAGCGGCUACUUAGUACAAAAGAUAGGCAUAAGGAGAGUUCUGAUAUUCUGUUACAGUGUGUCUAUUAUUGGAGGGUUAAUGCUAAUUGUAUUUUAAGACAGAUCUUAAGGUUAUUUGAUACCAUUUUCAAUUUUACUCGCCAGAUUUGGAAUAAGCGCAGCAUAUAAUAUUUGCUAUUUGGUAAGUGCUGUGAUAUUUCCAACUGUAUUUGCUGGUACUGCUUUUGGAUUAUGUAAUUUAUUUGCAAAGAUGACUACUAUUUUUUCUCCAAUAGUAGCAGAAGCAGCUGCUCCUAUACCAAUGAUUUCCUAUUGUUUACUAGCAUUAGUGCCCUGUAUACUAGCGAAUUUUCUAAUUCUAGAUGGAAUUGAAGAAAAACAAGACAAAAAUAAGAAACGUACUGAAAUAAUUUCAGAAAUUAUACCUGAAUGA